AUGUAUGUUAUAAGGCAUAGAUUAGACUCACUGGUAACAUUUAAGAGAUACUACAAUCCACCAGGAAAGAAAACAUGGAGUAAACAGCAUCCUAAAUUCAGAACUCCCAGGCCCCUAGUAGAUCCGUACAAUUUAGGUCGAUUACAUCCAGAAAAGGAAUGGUGGACCCUAGCAAAAAAGGGUCUAAGACCGGAAACGUUCAUGGGAUUCCCAGAUGUGGUAAAUAUUCCAAAGCACGGUGGAUCUUUAUACACCCAGCUAAUGGAUGGACCCACAUUAUCGAUGGUCGUAUAUCGCUGUAUUGAACAUGUUAUCGAUGAUAUUGAUAUAUGGAAAAAAUUGACUCUUCGGGCAAUGAGUAUAGCUAUUUCUUUGGACCCUUAUACUGUAUCUAUUUUGUUUUUGUACUUCUCUCUUAGUAACCAUUAUGAUUACAAAUUUGUUUCAACGUUUGUUGGAAGAAUACUAGCACUUCUUGAUCAAUUUUCACUCGAUGAAUGCGCUAAUGUUCUUCUGGCUAUGAAUAAUACAAAAUUCAAACAUCCCAGGUCAGCAAUAUGA